UUACAGGUCUGCUUGUCUUGUCUUCAACUACCCUCACUGCUGUGAGUAAAAGUCUUUGACAAGACGAUCCCGGGUUAUUGAGAAACCAAAGAUACUUUCUAGGAGUAUGUAUAUAUGAUGCGAUUUAAGAAGACCACCCAUAUGAUCUAGUCAUAGUGGCCGUUGUGCCAGGUUGGGUAGUGUGUUUUCCAGAUGCACGCUGUUACAGUCAUUGGACAGUCUGUCGGCGAUGAUCUAGGCCAAAGACGCUGCAUUAGUGCCGGUUUAUAUACCCUAAGUAGCAGGCGGGAAGAGGUUAGUCACGAGGCGAGGUCUUUUCUCAAGCCCCUGAGACUCCUCGCCUGGCAGCCGCCCCGCGUGCUCGCCUCGCCCCUGACAAUUCUCGUUGGCGAUCUCACUGCCAUGGGUAUGGCGGGUUCUCCGUUGGGAGUAGAAGUCUCCACAUACAACCGGCUGCUGGUUUGGUAUCCCAUCAUGUCGCGACACUGCAGGUACCUCAGUACUGCCGUCCCGGUGGUCGGUAGCCCCAGCGGACUAGCGUGUUCACAUGGUUGUUCCACGACUGAACGCUUGAUCAUAAGCUGUUUGUGCUCUAGUCGACGUAGCAAGGGCCAUUCUUCCGCAUUGGGCCGAUUAUGGACGAGCGGGCGAAGUCGAUGUUCAAAAAAAAGGCAGAAUCAAGAGACCGUCUUGAUGGUGAGCCUUGGGAGGGAGGGCAUAUAGCGGGCGUAUUAUGUGAUCUGAAGGUAAACUCCAAGAUCCCGGAAUGGUGUACAGGGGGGUCUUGGGAACCUUGGAGAAAGUGCCGCAGUAUCCAUUCCCAAACGCUCAUAGGUCCCUUCGUACCCGUCCUCUAAAACCGCCAGCGAAUGCCCUGACGGUGGGGGCAAAACCGACGAUCGUAACCAAAACGGAGAAGGGGGAAGAGACAGGAUGU